UCAAUGGCGAGUUAGCAGUAGUAGUAGAGUACAGUCACCAAAGCCAAGGCGGCCGGGGGAGGCAGGUAACUGGGUAGCUAGAGAGAUCAUCGAUGGCUGUGUCACGCUCCGGCGAAGCGGGCGUGGCCACCGGCGACACCGCCGACGCUGACCGUGCCCGGCUGCACCAGCUCGGCUACAAGCAGGAGCUCAAGCGUGGCCUGUCCCUCAUGUCCAACUUCGCCUUCUCCUUCUCCAUCAUCUCGGUGAUGGCCGGCGUGACGACGACGUACAACGGGGGCCUGCGCUACGGCGGGCCGGCGUCCAUGACGCUGGGUUGGCUCGUGGUGGCGGCGUUCAACGGCUGCGUCGCGCUCUCCAUGGCCGAGAUCUGCUCUGCCUACCCGACCUCCGGCGGGCUCUACUACUGGAGCGCCAAGCUCGCCGGCGAUAAGUGGGCGCCUCUUGCCUCAUGGGUCACCGGCUGGUUCAAUAUCGUGGGGCAGUGGGCUACCACCACGAGCACGGACUUCUCUCUGGCGCAGCUCGUCCAGGUGAUCGUCCUGCUCGGCACCGGUGGAGCCAACGGCGGCGGCUACAUGGCCUCCAAGUACGUCGUCCUGGCCAUCCACGGCGUCUUCCUCAUCCUGCACGGCCUCAUCAACAGCCUACCUAUCCGGUGGCUGUCCUGGUUCGGCAAACUCGGUGCUUUUUGGAACACAGCAGGUUUCUUUACAUUGGUAAUCUUGAUCCCAACGGUGGCCAAGGAGAGGUCGAGCACCAAGUUCAUCUUCACGCACUUCAAUGACGACAAUGGCAUGGGUGUCCACGGCAAGGCUUACAUCCUGGCCCUCGGGCUCCUCACUAGCCAGUACUCUCUGCUCGGCUACGAUACGUCUGCUCACAUGAUCGAAGAAACGAAGAAUGCAGACUGGAGCGGGCCGAUGGGGAUCAUCACAUCUGUGGCUCUGUCGACCACGUUCGGGUGGAUCUUCUUGGUGUCCCUGACAUCGAUCGUGACGGACAUACCGUACUUGUUGGAUCCGGCCAACGAUGCCGGCGGCUACGCCGUUGCUCAGGCUCUGUAUACCGCCUUCAACAGGAGGUACGGUAGCGGCGUGGGAGGGCUAGUCUGCGUCGGGAUCGUCGCUGUCGGCAUCUUCUUCGCCGGCGCCAUGUGCAUAGCCAGCAACUCAAGGAUGGGGUACGCCUUCUCGAGGGACAGGGCGAUGCCGUUCUCGCAUGUGUGGCAGCGGGUGAGCAAGAACGAGGUGCCGCUCAACGUCGUCUGGCUCUCCGCCGUUGUGGCCUUCAUAAUGGCUCUCACGUCUCUAGGGAGUUUGGUGGCGUUCCAGGCCAUGGUGUCGAUCUCAACACUCGGGCAGUACAUUGCCUACGCGCUGCCCAUCUUCUUCCGGGUGACGACGGCCCGGAAAUCGUUCGCCCCCGGACCAUUUCACCUUGGGCGGUACGGGGUGUUUAUCGGCUGGGCUGCCGUCCUCUGGGUGGCCUUCCUCACCGUGCUCUUCUCGUUGCCUGUGGCGUACCCGGUAGCCCAGGAAAACUUGAACUACACGCCGGUGGCAGUCGGCGGCGUGCUGCUGCUCAGCCUGGCCGCCUGGGUGAUCAAUGCACGGUUCUGGUUCAAAGGGCCCAUCACCAAUUUUUCGAUAAAGGGAAUAUAUUAAUAUCAAGAA